AUGAUUGAUAUGAUGGUGAUUUGUUGUGUUUUAGAGGAGAAGUUCGCGCUGUUGGUUCCAUCGAUGCAAGCCGCAAUAUGCUUGCUCUACUCGGCUGUCCGUACCGGCUCAGACGAUAUAAUCAUGAGCGCUGAACAUGCGGUUUUCCAUUUGUUACGUUGCGAUCCGAAAUUGCUCUAUGGUUGGUUGCAAUCCGUAGAACGCAUUGUGGAUGGUAUCAGCUGUGGCCACAAUGGUGGCAGUAUUCUUAUGGACGCAGGAGAUAUUUCACCGUUGUUUUUGGAGGCGCCCCCUUCGUCGGGGGACUACAUGAGUCCAGCCACUAGUCCGUAUCCGUCUACCGCAAAAUGUCUACAAAACUGCAUAACGAUGACAUCGAAUUACACCACUCCAGACCAUCAAAGUCAUAAUGAUUCCGGUUUCAACAGUGGUUUCUCGAGUCCGGCAGCGUUUUUUGAGAUGAAGGUUCGUUCGUUCGUGUCAUUAUUUCGAUUUCAACCAAACAGCGUUUUCCUUUCAGCUCUCUGCAGUUAUUCUUAUCGUGUUCAGAUUUUGUGUUCAAUAUGA